GCGCGAGGAGGCGGGGGAUGGGGGGACGCUGGGCGUUCUUCGCUCCAUCGAACAGGACACGGAGGAAGCGGUGCCGGGCAGCGGACCCGGGCCAAGAAGGGCUUGGGGCGCCAAACCCCGCGCCUCGGGUGCUACCCCGGUCCGCACACACCUGGAGCGGCCGCGCCCCCCGACCCCGGGUCCAAUCCCCAGGCCGGGCCCCUCCACUCCCAGGCACCACAGGUUCACUCCGAGCGCCCCGUCCCUAGGAAGCAGCCGUCCCAACCGACCCGGGGGGCGGACACCCACCUGGCCGCGCCGCACCGAGGACUGGGCCCACCAGGCCAAGCAACAACAACCACCGGACGCGAAGGGUCCCCGAGGGCAAGCCCGCGCCAGACCCCAUCUCGGCCGAUUCCGCAGGUUCCUCUCAGCACUCGGUCGCCUCCACCUCUGCCUCUUCCAUCAUUUUCCAACCCUGCCGGGGCCCCAAGUCUGGCCGGGAAGCGCGCGCUCCCGGGGACGAGCACGCGCGCGGCACUGACGCAACUGAGCCCUCGGUCCGAGCUCGCUCCCGACAUCGCCUAGCUGCGCUGACGUAGGGAAAAAUCCAGUCCCCGGCGCGAGAAUAGGAUUUCUAAACCGGCGGUGGCAACCCGCACUAGUCGGCCCGCCAGUCAUAUCCGCCCCGCCCUGCCGGCUGCCGGGCACGCCCACCUAGGGGGUCGAAGGAUCCGAUUGGAGGACGCAUUCGGCGCAAAAGAAGGAGGAGCAUGAGACCCAGAAGAGGAAUCGAGAAGCAGAAGCGGAGGGCGGUGCAGCCCCGCCCGUCCGCUCGGCCUUUUCUGGUUGGUUGGCGGAGAAUCACGCCAUUUUUUAACAUCUCUUUUUGAUCAAACAAGAAAAGGCAUUUGGGAAAUGCAAAGAGGACUGAGAAUACUUUGGCUUAAAUUUUGCCCCCAGAAUCUUGUUGUUUGCCUACUGAAGAGAUGAAACCAUGGCAGAAGUAGAAUCCUUAUAGAAAGAGGACCAGAAACACCUCCCUUCUCCAACAAAAGGUUCAUUUGGGUGGCUGUCCAUUUGACCUGCUGUGCUUCAGUUUAAUUGGCUUGGAAAGAGGUCAGCAGGGUGAAACUGAACCCCAGAAAACUUGAUGAAGGAAUGUCUUUUGCCUGUUCUGAUUACGUGCAUGCAAACAGCGAUUUGCAAAGACCGUAUGAUGAUGAUCAUGAUCUUACUGGUGAAUUACAGACCUGAUGAAUUUAUAGAAUGUGAAGACCCAGUGGAUCAUGUUGGAAAUGCAACUGCAUCCCAGGAACUUGGUUAUGGUUGUCUCAAGUUCGGCGGUCAGGCCUACAGCGAUGUGGAACACACUUCAGUCCAGUGCCAUGCCUUAGAUGGAAUUGAGUGUGCCAGUCCUAGGACCUUUCUACGAGAAAAUAAACCUUGUAUAAAGUAUACUGGACACUACUUCAUAACCACUUUACUCUACUCCUUCUUCCUGGGAUGUUUUGGUGUGGAUCGAUUCUGUUUGGGACACACUGGCACUGCAGUAGGGAAGCUGUUGACACUUGGAGGACUUGGGAUUUGGUGGUUUGUUGACCUUAUUUUGCUAAUUACUGGAGGGCUGAUGCCAAGUGAUGGCAGCAACUGGUGCACUGUUUACUAAAAAGAGCUGCCGUCAUGGCCCAGGGAGGCAGGUGAAAGCUCUGUCUUCUGAAUUCAUCUCUACAGGCUCAGAACUCCUCUUUGAUAUCAGACCUGACGUUAUUUUCCCUCUUUUGGAGGGCAUUUGUUUGGUUAAGAAGGCUUCUUUGGACUUUGGAAUUUCAACCCAGAUUUUACCUUGCAGACGGAAUGACAAGCAAAAAGUGCUGUGGGAAUCAAAUUUGUUCCUUUUCUUGUGCACAAAACAUAAAGGAUAGUGGCGAGUUUACAAGCUGUGGAUGGGUUUCCAUAGUCUUCCUUUCUGUACAUUGCUAUAUAUAUCUUCAGUCCUUUGGAGCAAGUGGACCUACAAGUUGAGCAAAAUGAAUAUUUGUAUCCACGUUCCUCUUGUGAUCCUGAGUCUUCGUGCAAGGAGAUCUGAAGCUGAACAAUGAAAAUCUUCAGCAGAAGUAGAAAUGGCCGUGGAUUGUAAUACACACUGAAAUUCUGACUUUCUCAAUUUAAAUGCAGAAUAAAUUUUGCCAACUUGGAGUACUGUAUGAGUAUUUUCAGUAGGGGGAGUAAACUCAAAAUUAUAUUUGUUUUGCAGAAACCUAGUCAUUUGAAAUGAGCCAUCCUAUUAAGCCCUCUUGUGUCUCCAUUAUGUUCCAGAGGCAGUAUAUGCAGUGCAAUAAUUUUUUCAUUCCGCUUAUGUUUUGAAAGCCAGCGGCAUCAGAUGUGUGAGUUGAGCUAUUCCUCCUGGCAGAAUUAUCCAAUCUAAAAAUCAGCAUUUACCAGCCCAUGCUAAUAAAAUUAAGAUUUCAUACAA